AUGUCACUAUCAACCACAACAACAUCAACUAUCAAUAAUAGUAAUAAAACCACCUCAACUUCAAUAAAAAAUGAAAAACCUUCUUCUUCUUCUUCUUCUUCCUCAAAACCACCAUUAAAAAACAAGGUUUCAACAAUCAAAUCCACUAAUAAUAAUGGAAGCAGCGAUACAAAAACUCCAACUAAUAAUGAUAAAGAUACAAUUGAUAACAAAACAGAUAAAAAAGAAGAUUUUUAUGACAUAAAGUUUGAAUUUGACGCGCCACAAUUUAUAGACUUUCAAACAUUAGAUAUUAGUAAGCAAGAAGAGAAUUUUGAUAAAUGGUUUGAUUCAAUACAUAUCAGCCACGAAACUGACAAACCAAAGGUCAUCACAAAUUACUUUCAAAAAACAUCACCAAAUAAAUCAGAAGAUCCACCAAAUGUAAUAAAUAUAACCUCUACAUCACCCAUUUCAAUAUCACCAACCAAAGAUAUAUCAAUCACUAAUCAAACUUUUGAUCAAAAUAAUGAUAACAAUAACAUUAAAAUAAACAAUAUAAAUAAUAAUAAUAGUUUAACCAACAAACCACUUUUUAAUAGUAAUAUAAAAUCAUUAUUUAAAGAUUUAUCUGGAACAUUAAAACCUGAAAGAAUUUCAAUUAAUAAUAUUAAUAAUAACGCAGAUGAUAUAGCGGGUUUAGAACAAAUAAAAACAAACUUACCUCCAAAACCAAUAAGGCUCUCGUCACAAAAUUUAAAAAGAUUUUCUGCCUCAAACAAUUUAAAUAAUUUAUCAAAUAACAACGAUAUAAAUAAUAAUAAUAAAAUUACACAUUGUAGACUUUCAUCAUUAAAUAGAAGAUUUAAUAAACUUUCAACAUCCGGUAUAACAUCUGCAACACCUGCCACUGCAACUGCCACAAUUUUAAAUACCAUUUCAUCAAAACCACCAAUCAAAAGAGCAUCAACAAAUCAAAUAUACAGUAAACUAAAUAACAAUAUAAAUAAUGACAACAAUGAUAAUAAUAAGGAUCCUUUUAAUAUUGCAAGCAAUAUAAAAAAUGGCAAUAGUAAUAAUAAUAAUAAUUGCGAAAACAAACCUUCAUUGUUAAUAAAACCUGUUGUAAAAAAAACAAUUAUAGAUAACAAAAGAAAAGCAAGUAUACUUUCCAACAACAAUAGUAGCUUUAGUUAUAUUAGAAAAAGCAUUACAACUCCCAACAACAGUGACAAACCAACAAAAUCCUUAGUUACAACAAAAGAAAGCAUCCCAUAUAAAAUCGAAUUAUCAAAAAAAGAAAGAUUAUCAAUUUCCUCAAUCAAAAAAAGACGCUCAAAUCUUGGUAGCAAUGGAUCAAACGUAACCAAAGAUAGGUUUAUUUAUAAUGGUAAUAAUACUACUCCAAAACCAACAAGAUUAUCAAUGAAAGAAAAUAUCAACAUUAAUAGUAAAUUAAAUAAUUGCCAAGGAAAGACCAGUGUCAGUAUUGAUAGAAAUCAACCAAAUUUAAACAAUAACAAUAACAACAAACCCCUAGUACCAAACUCAUCUUCCUCAUCUUCCUCAUCUUCCUCAUCAUCAUCAUCGUCAUCAUCUUUUUUAUUGUCAAAAAGACCUCUUUCACCAAUCCCAUCAUCAUCAUUAUCCAGUGUUAAAAACAAAAUCAAUAAUAAUGAAAAUAUAAAUAAUAGUAUCAGUAAUUUAAAACCAAAAAAACCAAUCACAGAUUUAUUAUCAAGCAAUAAAGAAAACUUGACCAUUUCAAAUCUUAAAAAACCAUUAUCUGCAACCUCAUCAUCAAAACCCCCAAUUUUAAUAACCGAUAAAAAAAUCUCGACCGAAAAGAGUAAAAACAAAAUUCCAAUAUUAAUCAAUUCCAAAAACCCAACAUUUUUUCCCCAAGAAUAUUCAAAAAUUAUAAAAUAA